AUUGUCUUGGAGGACAAGACUCAAGAAAGUCAGCCAAUCUAGAAUCUUCGACAGCCACCAAUCACCUCCUCCUUAAACCCUAAACCCUACCUUUCCUAUCCGCUCUUCAUCGCUACCUCUGAGAAAACCCCUAAACGCUAAACCUAAAUCCGCAGAUCUGAUCUCUAUCUCCAGCUAUUAUGGCUACCGUUCUUCGUCGAUGUCUUCGCUCCGACCAAUUACAUUAUGUCUCCGCUUUCAAAAGACUGGCUGGAAAUGCCAAUUCUGUUAACCCAUAUAUGGCUCAAAGAUUAGCGAGUUUGGUUAGACCUUUCAGUUCACGACCAGUUGGUAAUGAGGUGAUUGGUAUUGAUUUGGGUACUACCAACUCAUGUGUCUCUGUAAUGGAAGGAAAGAAUCCCAAAGUGAUUGAAAAUGCAGAAGGUGCUCGGACAACCCCAUCUAUUGUUGCCUUUAACCAAAAAGGUGAGCUGCUAGUUGGUACCCCAGCUAAGCGUCAAGCUGUAACCAACCCCACAAACACCUUAUACGCUAUCAAGCGUCUUAUUGGUAGACGUUUUGAUGAUCCCCAAACUCAAAAGGAGAUGAAGAUGGUUCCUUUCAAGAUUGUGAAGGCUCCAAAUGGAGAUGCUUGGGUUGAAGCUAAUGGACAGCAGUAUUCUCCUAGCCAAGUUGGAGCCUUUGUUUUGACCAAAAUGAAGGAAACUGCAGAGGCUUACCUUGGAAAAACAGUUACCAAAGCCGUGGUUACGGUUCCAGCUUACUUCAAUGAUGCUCAGAGACAAGCAACGAAAGAUGCUGGAAGAAUUGCUGGACUUGAUGUCCAGAGAAUUAUUAAUGAACCAACUGCUGCUGCUCUUUCUUAUGGGUCAUCCAAUAAGGAGGGUCUCAUUGCAGUUUUUGAUCUUGGUGGCGGAACUUUUGAUGUUUCCAUUCUUGAAAUCUCGAAUGGUGUUUUUGAGGUAAAAGCUACAAAUGGUGACACAUUUUUGGGAGGAGAGGACUUUGACAACACUUUGUUGGAGUUUUUAGUGUCGGAAUUCAAGAAAACCGAGGGCAUUGAUCUGAGCAAUGAUCGUCUUGCCCUGCAAAGGCUUCGUGAAGCAGCUGAGAAAGCUAAGAUUGAGCUUUCGUCAACAUCUCAAACAGACAUAAGCCUGCCAUUUAUCAGUGCAGACUCUUCUGGUGCUAAGCACUUCAACAUCACACUCACAAGGUCAAAGUUUGAGAGCCUUGUAGGGGACUUGAUAGAGAGAACUCGUGCUCCUUGUAAAAACUGUUUAAAGGAUGCCGGUGUUUCCCUAAGUGAAGUCAAUGAGGUUCUUCUCGUUGGUGGUAUGACUCGUGUUCCUAAAGUGCAAGAGGUAGUUAAGGAGAUCUUCGGAAAGACUCCAAGCAAGGGAGUCAACCCUGACGAGGCUGUUGCUAUGGGUGCCGCUCUCCAGGGUGGUAUAUUGCGCGGUGAUGUCAAGGAGUUGCUUCUUUUGGAUGUCACUCCUCUUUCGCUUGGUAUUGAAACGCUCGGUGGUGUUUUCACCAGAUUGAUUAACAGGAAUACAACCAUCCCUACAAAGAAGAGCCAAGUAUUCUCAACUGCCGCUGACAACCAGACUCAAGUGGGUAUCAAAGUACUUCAGGGUGAACGUGAGAUGGCGUCUGACAACAAAAUGCUCGGAGAGUUUGAACUCCAGGGCAUCCCGCCUGCUCCACGAGGUCUUCCUCAAAUUGAAGUGACCUUCGAUAUUGAUGCGAAUGGUAUUGUUACUGUUUCUGCCAAGGAUAAAUCCACCGGAAAAGAGCAGCAAAUCACAAUCAAGUCCUCUGGUGGUCUCUCAGAACAUGAAAUCGAGAAAAUGGUAAAGGAUGCCGAACUCCAUGCCCAAAAGGAUCAAGAGAGGAAGAAUCUAAUCGACGCUAAAAACACCGCAGACACAACCAUUUACAGUAUUGAGAAGAGUCUUGGCGAGUAUAAAGAAAAGAUCCCAAGCGAGAUCGCUAAGGAAAUUGAGGACGCUGUGUCCGAUUUGAGAAGUGCAAUGCAGGGUGAGAACGUCGAUGAAAUUAAGGCCAAGACUGAUAUUGCAAACAAAGCCGUGUCAAAGAUUGGACAACAUAUGUCCGGUGGCUCUGGCGGUGGUGCAAGCGGUAGUUCACAAUCAGGUGGUGACCAAACUCCAGAAGCUGAGUAUGAAGAGGCAAAGAAGUAGAUGUAUGAAGUAUUUGUUCAUUUUAAACAAUAGUUCAUAGUUUUUGAAUAGAAAAAUAUAUAAAUUUUUCCCGGAUUUUUAUAUUCUGUUGAGUUUCAUGUGGUUUGCCACUCAAUUAUCCAAAAACUAUUAUUAUUUAGUAUAACAAGAAUGAGAAAAUAUUUCUGUUUCCUCCUA